AAUAACUUCCCAGGAAUACACACACACACACACACACACACACACAUCAAACUGAUCAAGCUGUUGCCGGAAGUUAUUGAAGUAAGGGUCUGAUGAGGUUUGAGAUUUUGACUUUGACUCAAUGAAAAGUAUUUUAACUUCUGUCGUAAAAUAAGAAUAAGAAUAAGAAUAAAAGAAAAACUAAAAAAUAUAAUAAAAUUAAAACUUACCUGUAAUUGUGACAUAGAAGCCGAAACAUCUAAAGAUGGGGGUGAAACUGUCCAAAGUGCCACUUGGAGUGAAGGCCCAAGCCAACACAACAGGCAUGAAACUUUAUAAAUUGGUCGAUCUGAAAGGCGGCGGGGAACUUGUGGAAUGUAUGAAGAAUAUGAAGGAUCACAAUGAACUGGACAAAAAAAUCAUUAAAGAUGUGACCCCUUUCCUCUAUAACGGAGGAGCAGGUAAAAAAAUCCACAUCAGUGAGUUUAUCAAAAAGCGAAAUGAAGAGAGAGGGGGUAAGAAACCUAUUUCCUCCAAAGAAAACCAAGGCAAAAGAUUUUUACAGAAAAAUAAAACCGACGAAGAAGAGACAGAUGAUCCAAAAAUGUACCGUCAUGUCUGUUGGAAGUUCGAUGAACUUGGCACCGUGGGUGAGACCAUUCUACAUAUGUGUUUGUUGAAUUCAACAUCAACUCAUGCUGACCUAGCAAAGAGGCUUAUUCGACUGUUCCCGGUGCUAAUCAAUGACAUUUACCAAAGUGAAGAAUAUUAUGGUGAAAAUGUGUUACACAUGGCCAUUGUAAAUGAAGACCCAGCCAUGGUGAAGUUUCUUCUGGAUCAUGGAGUUGACUAUCAUCAACGUUGCUAUGGAAACUUCUUUUGCCCAGACGAUCAGAAGGACUCCCGAACAGACAACUGGGACCAUGAGGAAGUGGAUGUAUGUUUGGAAACCAACUUUGAGGGGUACACCUAUUGGGGAGAGUACCCCCUAGCAUUUGCUGCCUGUGUUGAGCAAGAAGAAUGCGUACGCAUUCUAUGUGCGAAAGGAGCAAACCCAAACUUACAAGACUCUAACGGAAAUACCAUCAUGCACAUCUUAGUCAUAAAAACCAAACUGAAAAUGUUCCUGCUUCUUUACUCGUUUGGUGCCCGUCUGUCUAUCAAGAACCGUCAAGGUCUCACACCACUUGCAUUAGCAGCAAAACUGGCAAGAAAAGAGAUGUAUGACCAUAUCAUCAACUUGGAGAGAGACCAGUAUUGGGAAUAUGGAGUGGUGACAUGUCGUGGUUACCCUCUCAAGGAAAUUGACACAAUAUCGGAGAAUGGAGAAAUCAACACCAAUUCUACACUAAGUUUUGUUGUUUACGGGGACAAAGAGGAACACCUUUAUAUGAUGGAUGGUAUUAUAUUCAGUCUGUUUUACCGACGCUUCCUCUUCUUCACCGUUUAUUUUAUAAUCUUCGUCAUCGCCUUUGCUCUUCGUCCUGGGGCCGACCCUCGACUCAAAGACUUCGCCAAAACCCCAAUAUCCUACGUUAAAAAUCCAAACAACUGCAGCAGUAAAGGUUUGACCGAACGAGUCCUCGAAGACCCGAUUGAACCCUGCUACUUGCUCUUUCCUUACACGGAUUAUGACUACAUCCGUUUGCCCGUGGAAGUUCUUACAGUAAUCUGUGCCGGAAUUUUCCUGACUUGUGCAGGAAAAGAAAUUUACUAUCAAGGAAUUCGAAUAUUUUCAAUGACUUUGAAAAGAGCUCCAUCGAAGACCAUGUUCCUCAUGUCCUGUAUAUUUGUUUUUACCAUGGUCCCUGGAAGACUCACCUGCAGCCAUGAAUACGAGGAUAUUAUGGGUGUUAUGGCUAUACUCUGUACAGCUCCCUACUUUCUCUUCUUCUGUAGGGGCUUUGCUAUAACGGGACCCUUUGUUGUGAUGAUUUACAGUAUGAUUAAAGGUGAUCUCCUUCGUUUCUUCAUCAUCUACGGAAUAUUCCUCAUGGGAUUUUCUCAAGCAAUGUAUAUCCUAUUCAGAGAUAACGUGUGUUCACUGUCAAGUCAGCCGUUGGAAGCCAUUACAAGUCUUUUCAUUGUUUCUCUCGGUACUUUUGCUGAUUUCUAUAAUUCUAUUGAAAAACUGAAAAGAAAUAGCGUGAUUGCCAAAUUUAUAUUCCUGGUAUAUUUGCUCUUGGUAUCACUUCUCUUGAUCAAUAUGCUGAUUGCCAUGAUGGGUAACACCUACCAACUUGUGGCCAGCCAACAGAUGGAAUGGUUUAGACAGUGGGCUAACAUAGUACUAGUGGUAGAACAGUCUGUAACGCCACAAGAACGUGUUGAACAGCAGAAACAAUAUUCACAAUGUCUGGCAGAUGGUCGAAGAGUUCUUGCUCUCCGUUGUAAUGUUGACGAAAUCACCAACAUCGAGAGCAAUUCUGAUGAUGAAGAGUAACCACUUUCAUUCAUUUUCUUUACUCCCUACACUCUAUGUUUGAAGUUUACUGAAGAGUUCUGAUCACCAUACUCUCUUACUCAUUUCUCACAUUUCAAUAAACCAACAUACUCUUUCAUGGACCACUAUAACUCACCUAUCUGAACCCUCUCACUGCACAAAUCAGAUACAUCCACUCAAAUUUUCAUUACAGUUAACUAUGGAAAACAGUUGUAUAUACUAAACCAGGAAACAGGCCCUAUGAGCCUAUAUAACUCAGAAAGGAUCUAUUUCAAGACCCAGUACAUCUCAUCUUAAUGAAUUGAUACCCAUUUUUAUUCCACAGUAUAAUCUCAGCUAAAUAAAUCAUAUACUCCUUUCUUUAAGAUGUUAAUGGAAGAAGGUACUCUGAUAUUAACACUGCAGUAUAUUGCUAGUCGUCCAUGGUUUGCUAAACUCCUAAUUUAAUAUAUUUGUAUACUCCUCCUGUGUUUAUGAGGCAAUGUCCUCCCCCACUCCCGUUCACUAUUAUUUGCUGUUUAACUCAUCAUAGUUAGAUGGUGUAGAAUAUUACUAUCUUAGUACACACACACACACGCAGAGCUAUAUAUACAUAGAACUUAUAUACAUUAGCACACAUACUAUUACAUACACACACUCAUAUAUAUAUACACAUAUACUCACACACACACAUAUAUAUAUACACACACACACACACAUACAGACAUAAGUCUGUAUGCAUGUAUGUAUAUGUAUGUAUAUA